AUGGAACCACCUCCGCCACCGCCGCCGCCACAUGGCUCUAAUGCACAAGGCGGCAGGACGGGUGGUCUCCCUGAUGGCAGAUAUGACAUUUUUGUCAUCCCUCCGCAUUCCGCAGGCUCGGGCUUUCUCUAUCUCCCAUCGCUACAGACCCAGCGGAAUAGCUUCUUGGCCGGUGUUUUCUGCACCGCUGCGGCGUACCUGAUCUACACAACGGCUGUGCCGGUGGUGAAAGAAUGGCUACUGAACACGUUCAACAGUGGUGGAAGUGGAAUGUUUACGAUCAUUUGUUGUGUCGGAGUCGCGGCCUGGGCGUUUGGUAAGACCCAGGGUGAGUGGUCACAGUCUCCAUCGUCCGCGAGCGCUGGAUCCAAUCCUGGCCCCGGUGGGCGUUCUGGUCAGGGAAGUACGGGCUAUGGUACCGCAUCAGGACCCCAACCUCAUACACAACCUCCUCCUCCUCCCCCUCCUCCCAACCACGGAACCAAACCACCACCACCCCAGUCGUCCUGGCAACGACCACAGGCAAAUACUAAAGCCAAUGCCUCGAGUGCGAAAUCAAGCUGGGAGAAAGCUAGGGAAGAGACACGGAAAAGAGAGGAGGAGAGAAAACGUGCAGAGGAAUUGAAGAAGCUACGGGAGGAGUUGGAAAGGGAACGACAAAAACAAAGAGAAAAAGAUGCGUUAGAGAGACUUGAGCGUGAGCGGAAGGAAAAGAAAGAGCGCGAGGAAAGAGAGGCUGCUGCUGCGGCCGAGAAGGAGAGACAGGCACGGGCGGCGACAGCAUCUGCAGGAGCAUCUCCGCCGAAGCGUCCACCCAUGCCCUCUGCUAGGACUGAACGCGAAGACGAUGCGUACUCGUUCAGACCUUACGAUCGUGCCAAACGAACACACAAGGCAAACUCGGCAGCAUCUAUGUAUUCGGAAUCCUCGUACGCCCCUUCCGAGAGCACGGCAAAGACGACUCCUCCUCCCUCCACGCGUGGACCGUAUUCCACUAAGGAUCCCGACAAAAUCAUCAUUAAGGGUGUUUUCUCCUUCAGCAACGCUUUUAUGCGGACCCCCAUCUCGCAACUUAGGUCAGGGCAAGGUAAUGUCACCGACGGGCUCAUACUGCGGAUCACCACCGAAGGCUUAUUCAUCGAUGACGACGUGCGAGGCGUCCCCCAGAGGGAAUGGGAUAUCAAGGCGUGGACGAUCAAAUUAGCAGAGGUAUGGUGUCCCAAAACAUCCCCCGGAGCAAACCCUGGUUUCCCAAGGCGUAAAAUCUCCUUUGCAGUUGGUGCCGACUCGAGGCUACCGUCAUCACCUUCGCAGAACGACUCGUCAGCUUUCGUCGGCAAGCUGGUGAAGUGUUGCGGAGAAGGAUGCAAGGCUGCUUCGUCUCGGACCACCACAAUGCACACCUCCCGUUCUUCCUCAUUCUCCAGCGCACGAGCAACGAAUGAUGAUGCUGACCCAACAUGGAUACAGAGCUGCGAACUCGGCGGUCUGCACGUUCUUCGAGCCAGUAUUCGAGAUCAAGAAGGAAAGAAAUACGUCUUUGUCUUGUCCCAAAGCGAAGGCUGGAAGGUCGCUAUAGGCCUGCAACGUCUGAGAAGGGGCAGCCAGGUGCGAGCCAUGGGGGUUGCCGGCCUUCCACAAAAUGAGACCAAAGCGAUCCUGGAAAAUCUGGGCUUUGUGUGA